UGGAAGCCAUCUUGGCUGUUCACUAUAGAGCCCCAAAAUAUCAUAUCAGCCUAACUCUUAGUAGUUCGGAAACAAUAAAUGGCGAGUGCCGUGGAAUUUCAGCUAUAGUUUUGCUGAUGGCUACAAUUUUAUGGAUCCAGACUGGGCUCCAACACAAAAUAUGGGCCACAACAAAAUCCUAAGAUGGUACUAAAGCGAUGGCUCAAAGUGCUAGUCUUGCAGAGCACAAAGAAAUUCAAAAUUAUUGAAGAAUCUUCCCAAACGAUCAGUCAGUUGAAGAUUCAUGUCAAUCCCCUACCUCAAAUACUGCAGCCUCCUUGCCCAGUUGAAAACUCUUCAAAUCAUCGAUCAUGAACAUUGAAAGAGUGGAUGCAAAGAAAUGAAAUAACUAGAUGUCUCAAGACGUCCAGUUAACUUCCUGCUUUCAAAAUUUGUGGAUAAUUCCUUGGUUGGUGGGGGAGGGGGGUCUUUUUUUUUGGGGGGGGGGCAAUUGUUUUACGAAAGACACAUUGAGGAACAAAUUGUGAAAUGUAAUUGCUUGAACUUUGGACUGUGAUAAAGACCUCUUGAAUUCAUCGAAAGGGUAUACAUCCCUUUUUAUUUUUUAAUUGGAAGAAAGAUAUAAACUGACAUGAGUACAGCCAAGACAGAAAACCCAGUUAUUCUGGGCUUGACAAACCAAAAUGGCCAGAAGAGAAGCUCUGCAAAGCUGACAGGGGGACCUGGUGGGGGUGGUGGGGGACCCCAAACAACACAGCCUAUCCAGAUUAAAGCUUCCAGCACAGUCAACAAUGGCAACUCCCUACCUGUGCCCACAGCAAACACGGUCAUUAAACCUGGGGAUGACUGGAAAAAGAAUUUAAAGCUUCCCCCAAAAGACAUGCGCAUGAAAACUUCUGAUGUAACUGCUACCAAAGGGAAUGAAUUUGAAGAUUACUGCCUGAAGCGGGAGUUGUUAAUGGGCAUCUUUGAAAUGGGCUGGGAAAAACCAUCACCUAUCCAGGAGGAGAGCAUUCCUAUCGCUUUGUCUGGGAGGGACAUUCUGGCUCGAGCCAAGAAUGGUACAGGAAAGAGUGGUGCCUACCUCAUUCCUUUACUUGAACGUAUUGAUCUUAAGAAAGACUGCAUACAAGCACUGGUUAUUGUCCCAACCAGAGAACUGGCUCUCCAGGUGAGCCAGAUCUGCAUCCAGGUCAGCAAACACAUGGGUGGGGUUAAGGUCAUGGCAACCACAGGUGGAACCAACCUCCGUGAUGACAUUAUGCGGCUUGAUGAUACAGUGCAUGUUGUUAUUGCCACUCCUGGAAGAGUGUUGGAUCUCAUCAAAAAAGGAGUAGCCAAAGUUGGCCAGGUGCAGAUGAUUGUGUUGGAUGAAGCAGAUAAGCUUCUGUCUCAGGACUUUGUACAGAUGAUGGAGGAAAUUCUGAGCUUCUUGCCCAAGCAAAGGCAAAUUCUGCUGUAUUCUGCAACUUUCCCACUAAGUGUACAAAAGUUCAUGAAUGCCCAUCUUCAGAAGCCUUAUGAGAUAAACCUUAUGGAGGAGCUGACCCUGAAGGGUGUGACUCAAUAUUAUGCAUAUGUGACUGAAAGGCAGAAAGUUCAUUGUCUGAAUACUCUUUUCUCUCGGCUCCAGAUUAAUCAGUCUAUAAUCUUCUGCAACUCAUCCCAACGAGUGGAGCUCCUGGCCAAGAAAAUCUCCCAGCUAGGUUAUUCCUGUUUCUACAUUCAUGCCAAGAUGAGACAGGAGCACAGGAACCGUGUGUUCCAUGAUUUCAGAAAUGGUUUGUGCCGAAAUCUUGUCUGCACAGAUUUGUUUACAAGAGGAAUUGACAUUCAAGCAGUGAAUGUGGUGAUCAACUUUGAUUUUCCCAAACUUGGGGAGACGUAUCUUCAUCGUAUUGGCAGGUCUGGUCGUUUUGGGCACUUGGGUCUAGCUAUUAAUCUGAUAACCUAUGAUGACCGCUUUAACCUGAAGGGCAUUGAAGAACAGCUGGGCACAGAGAUCAAGCCCAUUCCUAGCAGCAUUGAUAAGAGCCUGUAUGUGGCGGAGUAUCACAGCGAGAGCACUGAGGAGGUCAAACUGUGAAGUCCGAACAAGCCCCCAGCCACUACCCCGCAAUUUUUUUUUUUUUUUUUUUAAUUUCUCCACAUUGUCCCUUUUUUGUCUUCCUUUUUUGUGCUACCAUCAGGAAUUUCUUUGAAACGGGACAAUAAUGGAGGAAGAAAUCAUGGCCCAUAAAAGGACUGCUGCAUCACUUAACAUUCUAAAGUACUUGUGAGAAAAGGGUUGACCUAGAUGGUGGAAGCUAAUUAUUCUGUUUAUUAAUCGAGGAAAUGACAACUUCAUCUACCUGAAGGUCA